CGUGGCCCAACGGCCGCCGAGAUUUGAAUGCGCUCGCGCGCGCGCGCUGGGGGAAAAGGGGGGUGUCGGGCCAGCGAGACGGCGAGACAUGGAGGCCGCGCUGAGGAAAAACCGCCACUACUACUGCCUGCAGGACCGGCUGGACACGUUCACCAACUGGCCCUUCAUGGACGGCUGCUCUUGCACCCCUGAAAACAUGGCUGCAGCCGGCUUUAUUCACAUCCCAAGUGAGAACAGUCCAGAUGUUGCUCAGUGCUUCUUUUGUUAUAAAGAACUAGAAGGCUGGGAACCUGAAGAUGAGCCCAUACUUGAACAUAAAAAGCACUCCUCGCAGUGUGCUUUCAUUGCGCAGAAGAAAAAGUUUGACGACCUCACAACAGAAGAGUUUCUCAAGCUGGAAAAGGAGAGAAUAAAGAAUGUCAUUAAAAAACAGGUCUCUCAAACAAUUCAGUCAUUUAAGGAUGAAUCAAAAAUUGUCAGGAGAGUAAUCGAGGAUUUUGCUACCAAAUCAGAUUUCAACUAAUGCAAGCUAUCGUCCCAAAUUGAGGAUUUUAUUAAUGUGUAUUGUACAGUGUAUUUGAUAUGUAACCACUUGGACUGUCCUUUUCCUUUCAAUUUUCAAUAAAAGAAGUACUUGCUUUCUGCUUUUUCGUA